AGAGGAGGGGGAGCAGUUCACUACGGUCAGGGGAACAAACUACAGGAAGUGAAGCCAGACAGAGAGUCCAAACAGCAACAUGGACCUUAAGUCAUUUGAUCCUGAGAAGGCGAAUGUGGAACGACCUGAAAUGUUUGAUUUCCACGGCGUCACGAUGGUUCAUUAUUUUACGGACAACUGGGAAAAUGUCCAAAAGUUCCAGGCCAGACCAGAUGAUAUACUCAUUGCAACGUACCCAAAAGCAGGUACGACGUGGGUCUCCCAAAUCUUGGACCUGCUGUAUUUUGGUGAGACCAAUCCAGAGCGUCAGACCACCAUCCCCAUCUAUGAGAGAGUGCCUUUUAUGGAUCUUUUAAUCCCAGGAGUGUUUUCAGGAAAAGAUCUGGCAGACAAUCUUCCAACCACCCCUCGACUCAUCAAAACCCAUUUUCCUGUCCAGUUUGUACCAAAAUCAUUUUGGGAGCAGAACUGCAAGAUCAUCUACGUGGCCCGCAAUGGCAAAGACAACAUGGUGUCGUAUUACCACUUUGAUACAAUGAACAAGGUCCAACCAGAGGCUGGGACCUGGAGCAGCUACUUUCAGAGAUUCCUGCAGGGAAAACUUGCGUUUGGAUCCUGGUACGACCACGUGAACGGUUGGUGGAAGAAGAAACAGACCUAUCCAAACCUCCAUUACAUGUUCUAUGAAGAUUUGAUAGAGAACACUGGACGAGAAAUAGACAAACUCUGCAGUUUUCUGGGUUUGUCUCCUUCGGCUGAGCUUAAAGAAAAAGUUUUAAGUGGAGUGCAGUUUGAUAACAUGAAGAAGAACCAGAUGGCCAACUACUCCACUCUCCCAGUCAUGGAUUUCAAGAUUUCUCCCUUCAUGAGGAAAGGGAAAGUCAGUGAUUGGAAGAAUCACUUCACUGUGGCCCAAAAUGAAGCAUUCGAUGAAGACUACAAGACAAAGAUAGACCCCACUCUGCUGUUCCGCGAUGAAAUUUAAACUGUUUAUGUUUGAAACUGAGUCCAUGAUUGAACUCGUCGUAACCCUGACAGAAAUUUAAAUAUUGUAAUCGCAGUGGCUGCUAAAUUCAUGGCAGAAUUUUUUUUGUCAAAUGUGAAAAUAGACAUGCUGUGAGGCUGCACAGUGUCAGCCAAAGGCCUCGCCCAGAUCCAUCUGCUAAACCUGUUCAGCUACAUCAAUGAUUCAGACAAAGCAAUGUUGUUUUUGUGUCAAGAGCUAAAUGAGAUGAAAUAAGGUCAACAAAUCAGCUCUGUAUGAUGGAUUAAAAGCUCUGUGUUAAACAGGAGGUGGUUUUUGAUUUUACAUACACAUCAGCUGUUAAUGAUGUAAAAAAACGUCAUUGCACUAAUAGUUUAUCCCUAAUUAAAGGCCACACCUCCUCCCAUUGGCAAAUAAUUAAAAUAAGAGUCUUCUCCCCUCAUCAUCACUUCUAGUCAUUGGCUCAGGUAGAAGUCAGGUCAUUGGCUGGUUGACUCAAAAGGCACCAGAAUUUGUUCAUGUUUUACCCAAUAAAUAUUAAGACUUGU